UUGUAAUUGCUCAGUUAAAGCCGAGGGAGCUACCUAACAUUUACCAUUCUAUUUAUUUAUACUGCAAUUGAAAAUCAAAUUGCUGCAGUCCAAUUCGACAUGUCUAAGGCUUCAGCCUCAGCAGAUGAUUCAACAAAUUUCUCUCGUACAUUCAAAUACUUAUUAGCUACGCAGUUCCUGUCAAGGGGAAUUCCAUUUAUAUUCAAUUCAUGGAUCGUCCGGCACCUUACUGCAGAGGCUUACGCUCUAUACGCAGUUCAGUUCCAUCUUUUCGUCACCUGCGUCUUGUUUCUCAGUCGCGAGGGAUUCCGGCGAGCCUGCCUGCGUGCUGACAUUAAGUGGGAUGGUACCUCAAGAGAAGCCAAUGCUGCAAAACUGUUGAAAGUGGCAUGGUUAACUCUUCCUCUUGGCAUAUUAAUCACAAUUGCUGCGUGUUCUCUGGUCUUUUGGUGGCAAGGGUUAAGUUAUUCAAAUCCAUAUGCGCAAGCUAUCUUGAUUAAUGGUUGUGCAUGCAUAUUGGAACUAUUUGCAGAACCUUUAUAUAUCCUUUCUCAAAACUUGCUUCUUCUCAAACUCCGGUUAAUGGUUGAAACUGUGGCAACACUUACACGUUGUGUGACUAUGUACAUUCUCAUUGUCAGGCAGGUUGACAUGGAGAAGGAGAUUAUUUUUGCAUUGUCACAAGUUGCAUAUGGCGCUUGCUUGUUCCUAGGUUACUGGGGCUAUUUUCUUCUUUCUCAUGCAUUUAGAACUUCUGAGCUUUUUCCUUUCAGGUUAGGAAAUAUGAUGAGUUAUGAUCGACAGCUCUCAAACAUGUGUACGCUGUUUACACUUCAAUCCUUUCGAAAGCUGCUCCUUCAAGAGGGAGAAAAGAUGGUCCUUGUAUGGUUGGAUACACCAUAUAAUCAGGCUGUAUAUGGACUUGUAGAUAAAUUAGGGAGCUUAGUGGUGAGAAUGGUGUUUCUUCCUUUCGAAGAAAGUUCAUAUGCUACAUUUGCCAGGUCUGCAUCAGGACAAGACCAGAAAAGCAAAAAAAUUGGUAGUAGCCUUACAGAGGCCCUGAAGCUUGUUCUGUUAAUUGGUCUUAUAUUCAUGGCAUUUGGGCCAAGCUACUCAUACUCUCUCAUCAGAUUAUUGUAUGGUCAGAAUUGGAGUGAUGGAGAAGCAUCAGUAGCUCUUAAAUACUACUGCCUAUAUAUUAUUAUUUUGGCUAUGAAUGGAACUUCUGAAGCAUUUCUACAUGCAGUUGCCACAGAGGACCAAAUCAAACGGUCAAAUGAUUCAUUGCUUGUAUUUUCUGUGAUAUACAUUAUUUCCAAUGUCCUAUUAAUACAGGCGGCUGGUGCAGUUGGAUUAAUUCUGGCAAAUUCUUUAAAUAUGUCUCUGAGGAUUAUGUACUCUGCAGUAUUUAUCAGGCAUUAUUUCCAGGAUUCUACCUUGUUUUCCUUCCGCAGCUGCUUGCCUUCAGGUUGGCCGAUUCUGUUGCUUUCAGGUGUAAUUACUCUCCUUUCUGAGAAAAUAUUUCUGGACCGGCAAAAUUUCUGGCCAACCUUCUUAAUUCAUUUUUCCAUCGGGCUUACUUGCUUCUGCAUCUCAUCCAUUGUAAUCUAUCAUGGUGAGAGGACUUUUAUCAACAAAAUUAUCCGAUUCCGUGAUCACCUGGACUGAAGAAUUCAGAAAGCUCUUCAUAUUUAUAUAUAUACAUUACAGAAUGACUUGUGAAUCAUCCAGUCCCAGGAAAACAAGGCAGGUAAGAGCCAUUAUUUUUUUCCCCCGAACUUAUCAAACAGCUUAGUGAAGGAAUAAGAGAGCCGGUGUUUCGGUAAACUUUACUCUUCCAGAAAUUCAACUUGUUUGGGACUGGUAAGAACUAGAAAAUAGAUAAAAUGAAUAGCAUAUUGACCUCUUUCAUGCCACCUGACAAUAUUGCUUUUGUGAUUCUAACAAUAUCGUGAGUUCAGUAUCUUAAUAGGAUUUUGUCCUAUGAUUAUGAACAGUGAUUCAGACCUUUUUUUCA